CUUACGCUCUCUGACAGUUGAAGGCGGAACUAUUGUUGGACGAGAAUAUCGGAGUAUAUUGCCAAUUCGUGUAAUCAAGCUUUGUUUUCGUCGUAAACGUAUAUUUUGUAAACUACAUGGUGCAAAACGUUAAUUCUUAUAACAAAAGUUACCAAAUCGUAAUAUGCAGUGGUUAACAAAAUAUUUAUAUUAAAACUUCCACAGGAAGUUCAGGUUAGCUCAAAGAUGACUGGAGAUAACAGAAAAAGGGGACGCAAUGCAGAAGAGGAAUCGAGUGAAUUUAUGCCAUUAAGUAAAAGAAUCAACAAUCUUCAUAUUAAUAACUUGUCAGGCAUUCAAGAAAAUGUGAGCGAGAAUAUGGAAACGGACUGGAGCAAUAGGAAUUUUUUACCAUCGCCAAAUUAUUCAGAUCGGUCUCAAGGAUCACCCUUGUACGAUGGAUGUAGUUCUAGCCAAAGUAGCUAUACAACCGAAUAUAAACCUCAUCUUGAUGCUACAGAAAAUCCUUUCUAUUAUGAAAGUAAUAAGUUACUGUUCUCUUUAUAUAUAGAACGCGUACAAAGAACAUCUGACUCGUUUUGAUACCCCUAUUUUCAGAUUAUAAUUACUAAUUAUAAAGCAUUUUUUCAUUCCUUAUCGAUACAUUUGUAUUAACGUUAAAUCAUUUCAAAUCUUGGCAGGUAUAAUGUUCAGAAAGUUUCUAGUACCGGUUGACACACAGUUCUUUAUUAUUCCAAUAAUAAUACAUAGGUCAAAUAGAAAGACAUAAACUAAAAUUUAUGUAACUAUAAUUGAGUUUAUAAUUCUAAUAAUUAUUGGUAAUUUAUAUUACAUUAUAAUAUUGACAUAAAUACUGUAUUAAAUUACUGUUUCUAAGCGAUUCGUCGUUGUUUGAUUAUAUUUUUAUUAUAAACAUGUACUACAUUAUAAAGUAUUUUGUGAUUGCAUAAGUAUGGAACGAUUGAUAUUUAGGAUAACAGAGGCUGCAAAAUAAAGGAAAUACAUAUAACUUAUUUUA